AUGGUGGUCACCUACGACGAGAUCGCUGCGAGUUUGCUAACGAAACAACCCCAGUUCCUAUCUCUCCCGUCAUUCGACGUCGUCACCAGCGCGCUCAACUUCGACACGCCAGACUGCCAUGUGACUGGUAGCUGUGACCUGUACACCACAAAGGCGGCAGGUUCGGACAAGAAGCUCUACAAGAAUAUUCAGCAGUCGCUCGAGACGCAACACGCCGCUCUACUCAAGCUUGGCAAGUCGCUGUCCCCGCCCCAGCGCGAGUCAAUGGCUGCGAGUCUCAACCUCAACCGCUCGUCGCCAUUCGGCUCCCUGGAAGAAGUUGCGAACCGUCGCACGUUCGCGUAUCUGAUUGCGACACUCAAUGCAUCACAUCCGGACUACGACUUCUCGCAUGUUCUGCGCCCUGCAGACUUCAGGCGCGAGCGCAUACUCCGUCGGGUCAUGAGUCACAUUGAUAGUACACUACGAAGCGUGCGCCCGACGUCAACCUUUCUCGAUUCCGCCAUACCACGAAGCUCUCCUGCCAAUGGCACAAGCUUUAGCAUCUCAGCCGCGCCGUCUUGGGGUCCUCAGAUGUGGUCGUUCAUCGACAAGGAAAUGACGCUGAAGGACUGCACCGCCUUCUCAUACCAACCAGCCGAUGACCCCUUUGACGAAGAAGAGGGCGCUAUCUGGGCAUUGCACUAUUUCUUCUUCAACAAGACGCUCAAGCGCGUGUGCUACCUCUACGUGCGGGGUGUGCCGGUCAUGAGCCAUAGUCCCCGCCUUCAACCCCACUCGGUCCUGUCGCGGAGAGCCGGACUGUCGCGGCGCGGUACAGAGGGGUCGGAUGAUAUGGGCACGACUAAGAAUGCGCAGUACUGGCUCGGCGACAGGUUCACGGGCCGUGUCACUACUAGCGACGAUGACAUGGACGGCGACGACGGAUUAAUAUGGAACCGCGACGCCGACGGCGAUCUGAACGUACCGUACGACGACGAUGACGACUACAGCUUUGAGGAAGAGGAGAGCCUUGAUGAUCAGACGGAGCCGGAUACCGAGAGCGAGGGCAAAGGCAAGCGGGUUCAGAGCCCCGUUCACGGUGUGAGCGAGGAUGUGGCGUCGAGAAUGGAGAUCGAUGUCUAA